AUGUAUCCUCACCCGGGUGCCCCGAUGCCACCCCCGCCGACGCAGAAGCCGGAAACCUUUAUGCUCUCGCAAGAGGCGCAGAACAGCCUUCCGCAUGAUGCGCAAGUCGCUCUGCAGCAAGUCGAUAAUCUAAAAUAUUUCCUUUUGUCAGCCCCCGUCGACUGGCAACAGGACCAGCUCAUUCGCCGUUUCCUCCUCCCGACCGGCGACUAUGUUUCGUGUAUUCUCUGGAGCAACCUCUUCCACAUUUCGGGUACCGACAUCGUUCGCUGUCUCGCUUUCCGAUUCCAGGCGUUUGGCCGUCCCGUGAAGAACUCCAAGAAAUUCGAAGAGGGCAUCUUCUCCGACCUACGAAAUCUCAAGGCCGGCACCGAUGCGACCCUCGAGGAGCCCAAGAGCGCGUUCCUGGACUUCCUGUACAAAAAUAACUGCAUUCGCACGCAGAAGAAGCAAAAGGUGUUCUACUGGUACAGCGUUCCCCACGACCGACUGUUCCUGGAUGCGCUCGAGCGAGACUUGAAGCGCGAGAAGAUGAACCAAGAAGCGACAACGGUCGCGGUCAGCGAACCCGCCAUGUCCUUCGAAUUCGACUCCUCCCAGUCCCUAUAUGAGCAAUUGACGAAAGCGCAACAAGCGAAUUCCUCCUCGUUCGCUGCCCACGCAAGUACGACAUAUGGCCAGCCCAACUCCCCCGUGGUUCGGACCGUUGACGCAAUGCCUCCUCCCCAGAUGGCUCCCCCAGCGAUGCCGCUACUCCAGGACGACUCGGGUCACCCCGCGAUGUACGGAGCUCCGCAGAUGCCCCUGACGAAUAACCUCGUUCAGGGUAUCAUCAAGCGUGAGCAAGAUUACGGCCCAGUUCAAUACGAUCGCAACGGAAUGCCCAUGGCACGUAUCCACCAACGCCAUUCGUCCAUGCCAACCUUCUACGAGUACUCCCCCGCUCCGUCCUUUGUGUCCUCGCAGUACGAGGACUACAGCAACCGCGGCCUGUCGUUCGAACCCGUGACCCCGCCUCAGCAUUCUGUCGGACUUGGGGCUGAACCGGCCUAUAUCGCUAACGAAGAUACCGGCUUGUACACUGCGAUUCCCGAUCUCUCAAACGCGGCUUCGUACAACCCUAUGAUGCAGCUGCCUCCAUCGAACUUCGCCAGUGGCCACUACCCUUCUGCGUCCCGAUCUUUCUCGUCCAACGCCUAUCCCGUUAUCGAGGGCUCCCCGACAUACAAACAGCGCAGGCGCCGACCAUCCGUCACCCCGGGUGCCUCGACGAUCUUCGUCGCUCGGUGUCUCAGCUCUGUGGCCCCGGUGGCUGAAGGAGAGGAGACCGCACAGGACUACUCUCGCUCAUACCCUUCCAUGCUUCCCCAGAAGGACCUGCUUCAAGAAAUCUCGCGUCACGGAACCCCACUGCAAAACCUCGACGAAUCCGUCAACCAUCAUCACUCUGUGCCCCUCAACCACCAAGCUGAUGACUUGGCAGCGCUUCCUACGAGCGCAGCAUUGGAGAACACCGUUCAAAAUAGCACUGGCCGAUCGGAAAGGGCGGGCCCUGGUCCUGCUCGCCGGGCUCGCAGUGCGACCAUGAUGGAGCUGGUCCCCAAUUGUGGGGACGAUCUGCACUCCGUCCCUGUCAUCAGUGUGAUGGGGUUUCGAUUGGCGCCGAAACUAACUUGGGCGCGUAGGCACGUGAGGACUCAUACCCAAGAACGCCCAUACCCCUGCCCCUACUGCAGCAAAGCCUUCUCGCGCUCCGACAAUCUUGCACAACAUCGUCGGAUCCACGAGGCCCAACAAGACGGUCAGCCCGCCCUCGCUACCGAGGAAGAUCUGGAGAAUGAUGGCGAGUUCGACUCUCCUGAGUCGUCUCCUCCUGCUCCCGCUCACCCCCACCCCCACAGCAUGGUCAACAUGCCCGCAAUGACCUCCAUGGCCACCCCCAUGAGUAUUCCUGCCGUGCCGGGCAUGGCUUCCCACAUGAUUGCUCCACAAAUGCUCCAGCAGCAGUUGUGA